CUGCUCUCCUCCAAACACCAUCACGCGCACGCGUCAGUAGUGGAAAGUAAAGGUGUGCUUACCAGCCUUCCUGCUCUCUUCUAGUGAUGAUUCAGAGUGGAAUCACGACCAACCUGUUCUCAAGGAGCUCUGGGUUGUGACGAUGACCAAAAAUGUUCGAGAUACUGCUGACGGUUCCUUCCAUACGGCUCUCGUUCAAUGUGAUCUGAUCUUUUCCUCCACGUAUUAAAGGAACCACAUUGUUCUUAUGGACCCAAGAAAAGCCCGCGAUCCUCGUCUCAGUCGUGUUGACCCCCGUUUGCAACGUCUUCAGAAUGAAGCUUCAUCUACACCGUCACUUGCACCACCACCCGAACAAACGCCGCCGACGGACCUAAGCUCAGCGGAAAUCUCUUCUCAAUCAUUACAGGUGACAGCCGGCUUAGAUAAAUCACCGACGACAACAGUAAUGGAUGGCGAACCGCGAACAUACAAACUUAGACCUCUUUUCUGUGUGGUCUGCGCGAGUAAUCAGGUAAUCAAUCUCUUAAACUCUCUACUUCUGCCUCAUUCUGCCCAGAACAGAUCCAUGGAAGGCCAUAACGUCUUGGCUAAAGCAGGAUUACGGGUGGUGUCCUCGGGAACUGGAACAGCAGUCAGGCUGCCAGGACCCUCGAUAGAUAAACCGAAUAUCUAUGCAUUCGGGACGCCUUACACUACCAUUUAUGAAGAGUUGAGCUCGAAAGAUCACCGAUUGUAUACUGCAAAUGGUCUGCUUCAAAUGCUUGAUCGAAAUAGGCAUAUAAAAACGGCCCCUGAACGUUGGCAGGAAAGCAAAACUGCUGUCGAUGUCGUCAUAACAUGCGAAGAAAGGUGUUUUGACAUAGUUUGCGAUGAUCUGUUGGGACGAGGUGGCGAGUUCAAUAGACCGGUUCACAUAAUCAAUGUCGAAAUAAAAGAUAAUCAUGAAGAGGCAUUGAUUGCUGGGAAAGCAAUCCUCGACCUUGCCACCGCGAUCGACGCAGCUCAGGAUCUUGACGAGGAAAUCGGAAGUAUCUUGGAAACGCAACAGCAAAAACACCCCCAUAGCCUCUUACACGUAGUAGGGUUUUAUUGACCGUUUCUGGAUGUAUUUUAGAUUGUACUUGACAUAAUUAUUAUGGUAAAUCCAA